AUGAAGUUGAAUAUAGGGGCUGAUUAUGAUCUUUGGUGCAGUAAGGUUGGUUUUCUAGUUUGGGAAGUGUGGAAAGCAAGAAAUCUAGCAGUGCAUCAGAGGACUAGUCCUAAUCCAACAGUUGUGAUUUGCAAAGCUAAACUAAUGGAACUAGAAUUUGCAAAAUUGAAAGAGGAACCAGAGAAGCAUUCAACUAGUAUGAGAAGGUCAGGUAGCAGGGUUACCUGGAGACCGCCUCCGGCCGGAUGGAUCAAAUGCAAUGUUGAUGCAGCGUUCGUUGAAACACGCUCUGCAGGAACCACAGCAGCGGUAUACAGAGACCCUAACGGAUCCUUCCUCACAGGAAUCAACUCCACAAUAGUCGCCAAUUCGCCUUUAGCUGCAGAAGCAUUAGCGGUUAGGGAAGCUCUAAUUUUGUCAAGAAAUUUUCAGAUGGAGAAGGUUAUCAUAGAAUCAGAUAAUCAGACACUGGUUCAAGCUUUAAAAUCACAUGCACCAAUAGCAGCCAUUCAGGUUAUACUAGAUGACAUAUUGUAUUUAGUAAAAGGCAUGCCUAACUGUGGUUUUACCUGGGCACCCAGAGAAGCAAACUUAUUAGCGCAUGAAGUCGCCAAGCUCACAGGUCAGCGGUCUCUUCGCCAAAAUUGGGUCACCUUUAUGCAGCCCUCCAUCAGGAAUAUUCUUCGUAAGGACAUCUUGGGCAUUUCAAAAAGUGCUAAUACAUAA